AUGAAUGAGGAUGACGGGCUAUCGAGUCUAACGGUGCUUGUCCUAUCUGAUUUGAGCGGCGACGAUCGCAAACUGACACUUCUAUUAACAGAAUUGAUCAGGAGGCGGCAACUUAUCGAUUGCAUCUUUGUCACCGGAAGCUUAACAAACGGAGACCCACGGCAGUUUAACAAUACUGACUACAUAGCUGAAGUUCUAGUGCGCUACAAAGUCGUCCUGCAGACACUCCGGCAGAUCUCCCCAUUAGUUUAUUUUGUCCAGGGAGCCAAUGACCCCGUGCUGACAAUAAAAAAGCUAUCAUCUGGCACUCAAGCAGAGAGUAUGGUAUUAAUGAGGUACCCAGAUAAUAACGAGUGGUGCAUGGACGUCUCCUUCCAGGCAGUGAGACUCGCAUCAAAUCUGGUUAUUGUUGGCUCUUCAGGGUCCAGCGCAUCACUAGAUUCGUGUGCCAGAGAAGCAUAUGAUAAUGGUGCCGACAUUCUAUGGUCAGAUACAAUGAAGCAGGAGCUGACUGACACAGACGACCAGAAAGAGACAACCCCGUCCUCCUCUUCUUCUUCCCCGACUUCAUCUUCUACCAGUCUACUACAACGGCUUCUAAACUUUGAGCUCCAGGUUACACUGUUUGAUGUCUUGCGAUCAGCACUUCUGGAGUUGAACACAGUUCAACCGUCUUCAGAAGCAUUUCUGCAUAAUAUACCUGUGACUAACACAGUGCAAUCUGUUCUAAAGGACGUAGACCCUAGGCUUUUCUACACGACACGGACGCCUGACGAACUCCGUGCUCUAAUUACAUAUAAGCACAGCACAAUGGCUGAACCGUUCAGACAUAGGCAUAUGCCCAGCGGCUCCAACAGCUGCGUACAAAGGCAAUCCCAGCAUCCACCCUAUCCUUUUGGCCCUUUCUUCUAUCCUUAUGUUCUUUAUGAAGGCCUAAGUAACUUUAACUCCUACACAACUGACGCCCUGACACUGGCGAUUCAGUAUGCUCAAUCAUUCAAUGAUUAUGUGGUAGACACAUCUGCUGAGAGAGAUUCAUUUUUGACUUAUAGCAGAAGAUCUGCUGCGUGGAUGAAUACACACCUUCUACCCCAGCUUUAUGAACCCCUGCCAGCAAAGCUUUCUCGCCUUAGUGAUGUGUCUGGACAAGCGGCUCGAAGCCUUCGCCCCACGUUUUCUUCAGACACCACAACAGGGCGCGUCAAUCUCUCCCUGCACUAUUCUCUUGACAUACUACAGGCGCAUACUACUUUUCAUGACGAACCAAUGGCAAUCUUCAUUAAAUUCCUUUUGAAUCCCAGUUUGUUAAACCCUACAGAGAGCAUGUACAUGCGGAUUUAUGGGCCAUUGUUCUGUCAUAGCGUAGACUCUUUGCCAGGCAGCGCCUUCCAGAAGCUAGUAGCCUCAUCACCUAUUGAAGCAGAUCAUUUUGUGUCUUCCACCGCAGUGUAUUCCGAUGAGGGCACAGAUAUCUUAUCCCUAGCAACGCCGGCCAAUAAUGCCAUGGACGAUAUGCUCAAGAAAGAGUGGAUGAUGAAACACACUAUUGUAGCUAUUAGAGAUGGAACUUCUCACGAUUUGCAUGAUCUUUACAAGGAAACGUGUGAUAUCGUUGAUGAAUUCUCCUCAUCAAGCGACGCAUCUGCACACAGCACGUCAAAGUAUAUUCGCUCCAUGUCCACGCAUUACGUAAAGACUCUGUCGAACCCUUCUAGCACCACUGCUUCACUUGUAUCUAGUUUUACAGACGAGGGUGCUGUGAGUACUGUAGAUAGUAGUUCCUCUGCAAAACUUAGCUUCUCCCAUUCGCCAGUACUAGCUCCCAUCACUCUGCUGGCUAAACCUCGUUCCAACUUUGUCUCUCCGAGCAACGUACAGAACUAUUCGUCCUACUUAAAGCCAAAUAGAAUAAAGGAGUCUCCACAAAGUCCCUCCAGCUGCCUACCAAAGUCACUAUCUGUGCUCCCCAAGCUUGGCGAGUCUGCUCUAUUCAAAAAAGAGUCUCAAACUAAAGAUAAGGGCAUGCGAGGCUGGCUUAAGUUAGCUCCAAAUUUAUAUGAUUAUUUGCCAAAAUCUUGGACAGAUUGGUCCAACCUCAUGCAAUGCACGAGCAACGAAUUGUCACAGCUCUAUUCAUUCAAUGCGUCAAAGGAUUCCGUAAUUCUCUUAACACAUCAGGGGCCAGCUGGAUCGCCCACCAGCUAUGAGUUCGAUCGAGACAAAGGAGAGCUCCUCGAAACAGGGUCAUAUGGUUUGCGUGAGCUCCAUUGUGGGAGGCUGAAUGUCUUACUCCAUGUCCAUGGUCGCGCAAGAAGGCCUCUAGUACGACUUUAUGAAGUAGAUGAUGUCAUGGUAUUCAACCCCGGUACAUUCCGCGAUGGGCUCUAUGGUAUAUUGGAGCUCAAGAGAAAGGCCGGCAUCUGGCAAGUGUCUUCAGCCUCAGUCCAUAAGCUCAUGGCAGAGAUUGGGAGUGCUUGA